AUGUCUGGGUCUAUUGAUUCCAUUUCCACUAGAGGGUUGGCUAAGGAUGAUCCUAAUCAUAUCCAUGGAGAGAAAUCUUUGGUGAAGCGCCCUAAAGUGGACGACAGUGAUCGCCCUAAGGUGGGCGGUGAUACUGGUACUCCUGCUAGGUUGAUUCUUGCUGCUAGGUCGUCUGUGGUGAAGAUGAAAGAGAGAAAUCGCCGAAAAAGAAACAAAGAGACUUGUGAUAGGAUCAGUCAUCUCCCAGAGCCAAUUCUGCGCCAUAUUGUCUCUCUUCUCUCAACCAAAGAUGCCCUCAGAACAAGCUUCUUGUCCAAGAGUUGGAGAAACCUCUGGACUUGUAUUCCUGUUCUAGACUUCCAUGAACCCAACUUUUAUAAUGAAGAAAUAAUUAGGUAUUUCUUUGAACUGGUAAAAGAUAGAGAUUACUACAAGAUGUGGAAAUGGAAGAAGCAAUUUGCGGAUUUGGUUGAUAGAUCCUUACUAUUUCAUGAGAGCCAAAACAUUCGUGAACUCAGGAUAAAAUUUCACUGUCUUGAUUAUUAUGACCUUUCGACUCGUGCUGAUCAAUGGGUUCGCUUUGCACUGACAAAUGUCCCUGUGAUCGAUCUUAACUUCUCCGGUCGAUGUCAUGAUCAAGACCAUUGUCCUGAAAAACUUUACCAAUUGCCUCCAUGUCCUUAUCCAUCCAAAUUGUUGAAAGCUAUGAAAUUAAACUUUUGUUUGUUUAAGUCAUCAGAGCACAAGAGUUUUCCUUAUCUAGAGACUGUGAUUCUGACAGAAGUUAAAUUACCUGAUACGUCGGUUCAAGAUCUAAUUGCUAUUUGUCCUCACCUGGAAUUCCUACAUCUGAAGAGGUGUUAUCUUCCUGAGGAACUUACUAUUCACGCUCCACAGUCACAACUCAAGCACUUAUGGAUGGAUUCAUGCAAAAGUCAUACGGGAUAUCCGGUUUUUGAGUACCAUAUAAACAUUCCAAGUCUUUUGCACUUUCAGUUUGUGGGGAGGUUGCUGGAUGGAUUAUCUUUAAAGAAUUUAUCAAAGCUGAUUGAUGCAAGAUUGGAGUUUCCACAGGAUGUUCUCUUUACAAAUCACGGUGAAAUGCUCUGUGAGCUUCUAGAGGAUAUGGAUCAUGCCAGGGCUUUGACACUGUCAAGCUGGUGUCUCCAGGCUCUGCCAAUUGUGGAGGACCUCGAUGGGUUUCGAGAAAGUUUGCCUUCUCCACUCCACAAUCUAAAGCAUUUAACACUGCAAACAGGUUUGGACAACUAUGGACUAGUUGGGUUAGCUUGCUUGUUGAGGAGCUCUCCUAAUCUGGAGGCUCUUUCAAUAGAUAUUGGUGACUCUAUUGACAUGAAUUGGGACUACAUAGAAGAACCUGAAUACUUAGAUAUUUUUGAUUUUGAUGGGGAAAAUUUUUGGGAGUCACAGCUGCUUCUCUUUCAUUGUUUAACUCAUCAUCUUAAGAAAGUUGAGAUCAAUGGCUUUAUGGGACGAAACCGUGAAAUAGGGCUAGUAAAAUUUUUGCUCAAGGAAUCAUUGAUUUUGAAGGAAAUGGUUAUCACCCAUGUCGAAUGCUUCCUUGUUACCCUGAACUUCUUAAAGCGAAAGUUUCUAAUUGCUCGAAAGUUGAUAGCUCUCCCAAGAGCUUGUCCUUAUGCUGAGAUAAAAUUUUCAUAG